AUGAUGGGCAUCGGUAAGAACACUACGUCCAAAUCCAUGGAGGCUGGAAGUUCAACUGAAGGCAAAUACGAAGAUGAAGCGAAGCACCCUGCUUUCUUUACUCUUCCGGUGGUGAUAAAUGGAGGUGCCACGUCCAGCGGUGAACAGGACAAUGAAGACACGGAGCUCAUGGCAAUCUACACGACGGAGAAUGGCAUCGCAGAAAAGAGCUCUCUUGCCGAAACUUUGGAUAGCACUGGCAGUCUAGACCCCCAGAGAUCGGACAUGAUUUAUACCAUAGAAGACGUCCCUCCCUGGUACCUGUGCAUAUUUCUGGGGUUACAGCACUACCUGACCUGUUUCAGUGGCACCAUCGCCGUGCCCUUUCUGCUGGCCGAUGCCAUGUGUGUGGGGUAUGACCAGUGGGCCACCAGCCAGCUCAUCGGGACCAUUUUCUUCUGCGUGGGAAUCACAACCUUGCUGCAGACAACGUUUGGAUGCAGGUUACCCCUGUUUCAGGCCAGUGCUUUUGCAUUUCUGGCCCCUGCUCGAGCCAUCCUGUCUUUAGAUAAAUGGAAAUGUAACACCACAGAUGUUUCAGUGUCCAAUGGAACCACAGAGCUGCUACACACAGAGCACAUCUGGUACCCCCGGAUACGUGAGAUCCAGGGUGCCAUCAUCAUGUCCUCACUGAUAGAAGUGGUCAUCGGCCUCCUCGGCCUGCCCGGGGCUCUGCUGAAAUACAUCGGGCCCCUGACCAUUACGCCCACGGUGGCCCUCAUCGGGCUGUCUGGCUUCCAGGCGGCAGGAGAGAGAGCGGGGAAGCACUGGGGCAUCGCCAUGCUGACAAUUUUCCUAGUAUUACUGUUUUCGCAGUAUGCCAGAAAUGUUAAAUUUCCUCUUCCAAUUUACAAAUCCAAGAAAGGAUGGACUGCAUACAAGUUACAGCUUUUCAAAAUGUUCCCUAUCAUCCUGGCCAUCCUUGUGUCCUGGCUGCUGUGCUUCAUCUUCACAGUGACUGACGUCUUCCCUCCCGACAGCACAAAGUAUGGCUUCUAUGCUCGGACGGACGCCAGGCAGGGCGUGCUUCUGGUAGCCCCGUGGUUUAAGGUCCCGUACCCGUUUCAGUGGGGCCUGCCCACCGUCUCCGCGGCGGGUGUCAUCGGCAUGCUCAGCGCGGUGGUCGCCAGUAUUAUUGAGUCCAUUGGGGACUAUUAUGCCUGCGCAAGGCUCUCCUGUGCCCCGCCGCCCCCCAUCCAUGCGAUCAACAGGGGGAUUUUCGUGGAGGGUCUCUCCUGUGUUCUCGAUGGCAUAUUUGGUACUGGGAAUGGCUCUACUUCAUCCAGUCCCAACAUUGGCGUUUUGGGAAUUACUAAGGUCGGCAGUCGCCGGGUGAUCCAGUACGGCGCGGCCCUCAUGCUGGCGCUGGGCAUGAUCGGCAAGUUUAGUGCCCUCUUCGCCUCCCUCCCGGAUCCGGUGCUCGGCGCGCUCUUCUGUACUCUCUUCGGAAUGAUCACAGCUGUUGGGCUCUCCAACCUGCAGUUCAUCGACUUAAAUUCUUCCCGGAACCUCUUUGUGCUUGGAUUUUCAAUCUUCUUUGGGCUCGUCCUUCCAAGUUACCUCAGACAGAACCCUCUCGUCACAGGAAUAACAGGAAUCGAUCAGGUGUUGAAUGUUCUUCUCACAACUGCUAUGUUUGUAGGAGGCUGCGUGGCUUUUAUCUUGGAUAACACCAUCCCAGGUACUCCAGAGGAAAGAGGAAUCAGGAAAUGGAAGAAGGGUGUGGGCAAAGGGAGCAAGUCGCUCGAUGGCAUGGAAUCCUACGAUUUGCCAUUUGGCAUGAACAUUAUUAAAAAAUACAGAUGCUUCAGCUACUUACCCAUCAGCCCAACCUUUGUGGGCUACACGUGGAAAGGCCUUGGGAAGAGUGCCACCAGCCGGAGUUCAGACGAGGACUCACAGGCCACGGUAUAGCUGUAGAUCACCCUGUGGCCCAGCCGCAGUGAGGCAUGAAUCUGUAGUUCCUUGCUGAGUAACAAGCAGUAACAUAUAUGUUUGUAUAUCUGCAUUUACCUUCUGCACCCAGAGCUAAGACGAUUACAGAUAGCUUUUUUGUUGUGGGUGGUGAUUGUGUCUAA